UUAUUUAGUUAAAAUACAAAUAUUUGUAUGGUGACAUGUAAAAAUUGAAAUUUUUUAAUUUCAACAUUGCACCAGAUGAUAAGACGGACGGUCUGCUACUUACAUGUUCCAUUUGGUGCAUCUACUGGAGGCAGUAAAAAACUGAGGAUGAUUGAUCAAGCUAGAAAAGCAGCAUAUCUGGGACACAUAAUUCUUAAAACUAAUAGUUCCUCAUUUACCCAAUAGUGCAGUAGAUAAUAGAGGAAAACUGGACCGAAAAAGAAGCUUGCAUAAUUCUAGAUAAUACGAAACGCACGGUUUGAAAGGAAUGAAUGAAAAUAUAAAAUAAUAACAUUUUUACGCAGUUGAAAAGCAUUCACAACAAACCAGUUAAAGGCGUUAAUUAGCUUUUUACCUAAAUCAGCCAAAGAUAAUUAAGCGGGUCAAAAUGGCAAUUAGAAGCAGGAGUCGAUAGCUGCGGUACUGAGAUAGAAAUGGGCAAAAGUGAUGGCCAAUGCCGUAAACCUAAAGAGAGCAGGCACAUCAAGACAAAGAAUUGCUUAUAAUUUUUGAACACGCGGUUUAUUAAAAAACAUUUUUGAAAUAUUGAUUCAGUUAAACAGUUUCCUACCUUUCAAGAAAUAUGACUGUAGCAAAUUGUGCAGGUGUUGUAUUAUAAAACAAUGGAUCUGAUAUAUUCGGGCGCAGACCUAUGUUUAUGAAUUUAGAAUAUUAAUUUUAUUUAAAUAAAUUGCCCUGUUUAGAUUCUCGCUCCAAAUAAAAGCAGAUUCAAGUCGAAACUUGUCCUUGAUAGUGUAGCCACUAGUCUGAUUAUGUAUGCAUUAAAGUAAGUAAUAAAUGAUAAUAUGUUUCACACAAUGCCUGGUAAAAUUUAUUGCAUGCGAUAUGGUACUGCUAAUUUGAGAGCAUUACCCCUGGUUACUGUUUAAAGAUAAUAUAACGAAUGCAAUAAAAUAUAUACCAGGACAUAUAAAAAUUUCGUUUGUUGAAAUGUCCAACGGAUGCCAAUAUUAAUAAAACGUUCGCAGGCAGAACUUUAAUUUCAAUCAUCCGAUUUGUGAUAAGAUUGCGCGAUCCGAUAAAUUUUAGAUUAAUCCUCCUACAUGUAUUAUAAUUUUUAAUUAGUCUAAUUAAGUAAGUAGCAAUCCACUGCAGAUUACAAUCAGUCUAAGUAAUCAAAGGGAACUAAAUGUUCUCUCCGCCCAUGGAAGAAUUUAGUGUUUUUAUUGUAAAUAAAAGCCUUUGUCUUAUUCGUAAUCGCAUAAUUUAGACUUUUAUCUAUAUAUGUCAAUAUUAUUUCAAUUGAGUUGCGCUUUCGGAGAGAAAUAAUGUGAGUUCUGCCGAUUGCAACCGAGCAAUGAACGCCAACGAAAAAAACUCCAAAGAAACUUACUAUCCAGAUGGCGGUUACGGUUGGGUGAUAGUUGGCGCAAUCAUAUUAAUCAAUUUAAGUUUGCUCACUUUAGUGCCCUGUUUCGGUUUAAUAUUUGGAGAUGAGUUCGAGGCAUGGAGGGUCACAUCGGCCCAGACAUCCUUCUUACUCCAUUUGCACAGUUCCUUAUAUUGUUCCUUAGGGUUUUUUACAAGCCCCUUCUUGAAACUGUACGGAAUGCGACCAGUGGCCUUUUUUGGAGCGGGCAUGAUGUGUUUGGGAAUACUUUUAAGCAGUUUUGCUACCUCGUAUAUUUAUUUAAUAUUUUCUACCUCUAUUUUAAUAGGUUUAGGACAAGGUAUUGUGAUGCCAGCUACCUAUCUUGGUACCUACAUGUAUUUUAAGAAAAGACUGACUAUAGCCGUAAGUCUCACAGUUACCAGUGCCAGCUUAUCCUCCAUAGUUUUACCGAAAAUAUGCGACGUUUUGCUCAAUCAAGUUGGACGUCGUUACACCGUGAUGCUGUUGUUUUUCAUUUCCCUUCUGUCUUUCAUCGGGUGCUUUUUACUGAAACCCGUCAGGCAGCGAAAAGGGCAAAUGGUUGACCAGGACGUGGAAACACGUUUAAAAGAACACGAGGCUGUAAUAAACGGAGACGUUGAUAAAAAUGAAGUAGCAUGCGAAUUAUUGGAGACGAAACAAAAUUCCAUUUUCCGGGAUACCACAGUUCCUGCUACAAAGCCCACGUCAAUUUGGUCGAAAUUGUUCGAUGUUUUUGACCUGCAACUGCUUCACGACGCUCCUCUAGUCAUAAUGAUUAUAGGCUUAGGUGUUUCCUUUGCUGCUGAACUGAACAUCAUAUUGAUGAUGCAAUUUAUGUUAAAAGACCUGUCGCUCUUUAGUCGAAGCGACGUAGCUACGGCGAUUUUAAUACAGAGCGUUGCUGACAUUGCGGGAAGACUGUUAAUUCCGAUCGGGGCGCAUUAUUGCAAAGUGCCCGCCAAAAAUAUGUAUGUGGGGGCUUUGGUUGUUGCAACGUUUGCUAGAACAGUCUUAUCAAUAUGGCCAACUGAAAAACAAGUCGUCUUUGCUGUGAUAACUCUAAUAGGGCUUACCAAAGGCACAAGAGCAGUAUUUCAAUCAGUGGUCCUUCCACAAUAUGUACAUUUGGAUAAAAUCGCGGCUGCCAAUGGAAUUAAUAUGUUUUUCACUGGAUUUAUUUCGCUUGUGAUUGGACCUUUAAUUGGUGUGAUACAUGAUAAAAUGGGCUCGAGUGUCUAUGCUUUACAUGCAGCAUCAAUUUUGUCCACAGCAUGCGUAAUAAUGUGGAUUGUCGAGUAUGUGUUUUGGGAAAGACGGAAAUCGGCAACCAUAGAAUCGUAAUAUUCAAUGUGCUUUCGAAUUCUAUACUGCUCAAAUAUGUCCUAGUCUAUGCUAAUCUACAUGCUCCUAAAAGUGAUAACAUUUUUGUUCAAUUCGAAUAGCUGUGGUUGUUUACCUUUGGGACAGUUUAUUUGUACAUAAUAAGGCAAAAUAUAUUUUUAUAAGGCGUUUGUAGUUAUGUGAAUAUACUAUUAGGUGGUACUAUCCAUGUAACAUGUAUCUAAUACCGCACGUGUUGGCGUUUUCGACUUGUUUAUAAUGUUUAUGUUGAAAAACUUGAAUAAAUUACAUUUGUUUUUGCAAAUAA